UAAAUAUUGGGCCCUGACCAUUAGGGCGAUUCAUUCUCCAUGGUCCAUGCAAUUGCAUGAUAUUCUUCAGUAGUUUAUUGGAACAUGGACGUAUUAAUAAGAAACAUGAUAAUCAAUUUUUUGAUACUGGUUGGGCCUAGAAGCCUUAGAAAAUCUUAGACCGACAAUAGUAUUAUAUGUUUUUAUCAGUGUGUAUAUUUUAAUAUGUACGAAACAAUGCGACUGGUGAGGAUAUCAAUGUGAUCCAAAUCUGUUGUGAUCCGGAAUUUGAUACACGAAGUGAUGCAGAACUGAUUACAAAAAUGAGGAAGAAAUCAAAAGGGAUGAUUUUGUUCUAGCAGCUGUAAAACCGCAACGAAUGAAUGAUAGAGAAACGGAAACAAUCACAAUCUCUCUUUCAGAUUUUUGUUUUCGUAACUUAAUUAUGACAAUGGUUAAGGUUAAAGAUAAUGUAUUUAAACCCAAUCUGAUAUGGUUGGUCCGACCACAAUCUAGAAAAUAUAUUUUAUAAGUUCAUAUUACUUUGUGAUACCGGUUUAUUUGUAAAAUUUUUGGUUAUUGCGAAUAUGAAAGUUGAGAUUAUAUAAUAAGAUCAGCAAACCAAACAAACCUACUCAAGUGGAGAAACCGAAGAUAAGAUUGCCGGUUCCAUGUUCCCCUAAACCCAAUCUCAAUGCUUUGUCUUCUUUCAACAUCUCUCCUCUUUUUAAGCCCACCUUUCUCCCUUUUCUACUCUAUCUUCUUUUCUUUGAGUUAAAAAAUUGUGUUGUAGCCUAUUAAAUAAUGUUCUUAGGUUACUCAUUUCCUUUUAAGGGUUAAAAACAAAUAAUAUGGAUCAACAGCUAUGUUUACCGCGUUUCUUACAUUUAAAUAAAGGUAAACAAAAUAAGACUAAUUUAUCUAUUUAUAAGAUGAAUAUAGUUUUCAUAAGAGCGCGAAUAUAACAUAUUUUUUUCCAUAUACAACAACACUAUUCAAAUUCGGAUCUAAUACUAUCGAGUAGAACAAUAUACAGUUACAAACCAAAUGAUGUAAGAUAAUAGAUUAUCUUUGUGAGCCCAUAAUAUAGACAAUGAUAUAAUAAAAUAUUAAUGUCCAAAGUUAUGAUUUCAUGAAAGUAUAGAUCCUUGGGGAACCCAAAACCAACCAGCCAUGCAUAUCCCAAUGUCAAUGCACCUAAAAAAUCAAGACCAUGUUCAUCUCCUCUUAUUUUACUUCCUUAUUAUUUACGACACCUCUUCUUCUUUUUCUUUUCUAUAUAUAUACUCUUCAAAUCCUUUUUCUCCAUCAUCACAAAUCUUCUUCCUUCACCCACAAAAGGUUUUUUUUUUUGGGAGGCACCCAAAUUUUCAACUUUUGAUCACUAAAACAUAAUAGAAACCCUAAUUUUCGACCCCAUGGCAGGAUUAAAGAGAAAGUUUAACAAAGGUCAUGCCUUUACAAGCAAAUGUGUUUCCUUGGUGAAGGAACAACGAGCUCGACUCUACAUUCUCCGCCGUUGUGCCACCAUGCUUUGCUGCUGGUACAUCCAUGGCGAUGAGUAGAGAGAACCCUUUGACUUCUCCUUCAUAUUAACCUCUACAUAUUAGUAUAUCUGUAUAUAGAUCUUCUCCUUCCCAUGUUUCUUCUUCUUGAAGCUCCAUUGAUGUUGGUGGCUCGUGGCUGCUUGGUUGCAUGGCUUGAACCCUCUCCAAGAACGUUUGAUACUCUCUCUUCAUUUGGUGUAAUAACCCCAUGCAAAAUCUUGUUACGUUUUUUAACCAAAAGAAUUCAUCUUUUAGGUUUUUGUUUUCAUCGGUUAUUUUACAUCAAUCAGAAGAUACAGAUUUUAUCCGCCGAUUGAGCUGGCGGAGUUUGGAUGAAGUUAUUAUGUAAGAAAACGAGUUUGAAAUCUUUGGAUUUAGUUUCA